AUGUUCGGCAGGGGAACGCUUUCCCGAAAAGCCCUCGUCGGCACGGCGGUGGCGGGUUUUGUGGGGGUUGGGGGUGGGUACGCAAUGUACCAGCGGCGCCUGAGCGAGAACCGCAGCGUGACCGCCGAAGCCUUCAAUGCCAUGCAGGACGCCACGAAGCUAGAUGAAGCCUUCCAGAAGCUCUCCGACCCCAAAGAGCACCCCCUCAUUCAGUUUUACCGGUACACCACCUGCCCGUGGUGUGGCACCGUCAAGGCAUUUCUGGACUACAACAAGAUCCCGCACGAGUGCGUAGAGGUGGAGCCAAUGUUCAAGACGGAGCUGGCGGAGAGCCUGUACAAGAAGGUGCCGCAGCUGCGGUUCGAGUCCAAGGCAGGCGCCAGGUCGUACCUGGUCGACUCGCAAAUCAUUGUUGACACGCUUAGCGAGAAGAUGGGCAUUGGAGGCCAGCUAAAGGAUGAGGAUGUGAACAAGUGGCGCACGUGGGCCCGCAGCUCUCUCGUCCGCUUUGUCACUCUCGAGUUCAACCGCUCCCUCCCCGCGGCGUGGGCCGGCUACUCCUACAUCGACAGCUGCGACACAAUCCCCUAUGCCAACAAGCUCUUUCUCAAGGUGAUUGGGGCACCUGUGAUGUACCUGGUUGCCAUGAUGAUCACCAAGCCGCGUCUCGUAAAGGCAGGUCUCAUGAAACCCGACGACGACCCGAAGCAGCGCCUGCACGACGAGAUCAACCGCUUUACCGCUGAGGCACUCGUCGACCCCAAGUCCAAGAAGCCGCGAGCCUUCCACGGCGGCAGAAGGCCGGACCUGGUUGACCUGGACACCUAUGGCGUUCUUCAGUCGGUCCGUAACCACCGCAUUUACAACGAGAUGGUCACUGAGACACUGAUUGGCCCAUGGCUGGAGGCAAUGGACAAGCUCAUGGGAAAGGCCUAG